AUGCUUUUUUCUACUUUUUCCUUGCGGUGGCGUAGUGUAGACUGCGUCGGUGAUAUUCCACCAGGGAGAAUAGGUCACACAUUGUGUGUUAAUGCAACAGAGGACAAAGUGUUUCUCUAUGGAGGCGUCAAUGACAAGAAUGAAAGCAUCUCCAACUACCUUGAUGACCUCUAUGCCUUUGAUGUGAAAGAAAAAAGGUGGACAGAGAUAAAAAUGUCAGGAGAUUUACAGUCUUCCAGAGCAUUUCAUACUGCUGUUUAUUAUGAAGGAAAAACAUAUGUAUUUGGUGGUUGCAAUGGUCGUGGACGGUUUAACAAAUUGUUUGCCAUUAGUGAGGAUGGGAGAUGUGAACAAAUUAAUACGCAAUGUCAAGCACCAUCCACACGGUACUGUCAUAGUGCUGUGUUGUUUGAAGGGAAAAUGUACAUCUUCGCUGGUAAAUGUGGAGGUAGAAACAGUAAUAAACGCCUAAGUGAUCUCCAUACCUAUGAUUUUGCCGCUAAUACCUGGGAGACGUGUCCGCAGAGAGGAGAUACUCCAUCCCCACGUUCUGCUCAUGCCGCCUUUACGUGUGGACGUAAUAUGAUUAUGUUUGGUGGACGAAAUUCCCUUGGUGAGUGUUGUGAGGAUAUGUAUUCGUACAGCUACGACACUGGUGUAUGGCGCCGCAUUGAUCUUCCGAAUGGCGGCUCAUUGUUUGGUCGGGCACGAAACAGUGUCGUGGUGCACCACGGCCGCGUAGUGGUGUUUGGCGGCUGGAACGGCAAGAAGAAGUUGAAUGAUCUCUUCACGUACCUUGUCGACUCCAACACCAUCGAGACGGUGCAGGACCCGGGCGAUAGAUGCCCGUCGCGGCGGGAGUGCCACGUGGCGGUUGUCUGCAAGAACACUAUGCUCGUCUUUGGCGGCCGCUUCCGCGGUGAGUUCAUGAGCGACACGGCGGAGCUCGACUUGGGCCCCAAGUCACUCAAACAAAUAUGCCGCGACUGGAUUCUCGAGAGCGGCUUCAGGGAGUCGUACCCAACACGUAAUGGUCAAAUGCUGCCACUGCGACUGCAGCAGUUUAUUGAGAACUCCCGCAUGCUAACGUGCAAGGAACAGAAGGGCGAACCGCAGACGCCACUUCACGAUAGCAACGUGCCCAAUGAGGCACUCUCCUCCGACAGCAACUCGCAGCAUGAGUAA